GGCGCCGCACGCUCUUCCUCGACUCAUCACUGCCGUCUUUAGUCUUAUCUUGCGUUCUAACAACUGCGGCUCACAAAAAUCCCUUCGUCAGUCCAUCCACCCACUAUACUCAUUAUUUCUUCCUUUGAAUCAACACUGAGCCGCUAUUAAGUCCUCCCUUCCUCCCUUCCUUCCUCUCCUCAUCCUGCCGCGUAACCGUAGACAAGAGGCUGCAGUGUGUACGUGCUCAGUGAGUGGCCAGUGAGCGGUGAUACGUGCGGCUCGUCGCGAGUGUCCGUCUGCUUCCAGAGUAUAGUCCACGCGCAUGCCCGGUCAGACCUCGGCUUUCGUGUGCCGUAGUCAGUGUCCACGCAGCGAGGCAGGCAAGUCCCCGAGCGCAGCGAGUAACUAAUGGGCUACGAAAGGAUAAGAAUGGGGGAUUAAUUGUGGUUUAGUCGAACGUGGAUGUACGAAAGGUUUAUAGAAAUGUAACAUCUUGAAAACACUGAAAUAUAAGUUUGAAUGGAAAACAAACCCAGAAAAACAACAACAUAAAGUGUGCCCAUGAAGUUAUGAAUGAAACCAAGUUGAAACGGAAGAUCUGGACCGAACUGCAAAUGUAAAUCUGCAUCUACAGACUCUUUUCGUGUUCGUAGUGUAGAACGCGAAAGACGAAACAGCUAAAGAACACUCCUACCACCAGAAAAGAAGGAAAAUAGUAGUUAUACUUAUGAAACGAGAGAAAAUGGAAUGCUGUCAUGGAAAGUGAAAGUGGUUUCAGUCGCGGGUGUAGUGGCGGAGGAGGCGCUGCCCGGCUGCACUGUGAUGCCACAAAAAGCAACGCUAGCGCGCCCCGCUCGAGGGACCCGCCUGAUCGUCCGGUGCUGGAGCCAGGCAUAAGUUCCCCCAGUCUGCAGUGAGUGAGUGACCCAGGGACGCUGCACGAGUAGUAGUAGAGGUUGUGACACUGACGCCUGAACGGUUGCAAAAGAAGAAAAACGGCGAGGAGUUAAGGAACGAAGAGGAGAAGGAAGCUGUCUAGUAGUGGGUGAUAAGAGCGCUUCAGAACCUUGUCGCGUUAGUAACUUGACUGGCACCUCCGCGGCUGCAUCACCAGAGAGCUGGAGACGGGGUUGUGGUGUCCCCAAGGUGCUCUCAUGUCGCCGGAGCUAAAGUUUUGAACAUUGUUACCCCCACUGGAUGAAGUAGACAUGACUCUGCUCCUAUUAUCAUAAGCUCAGAAACAAAUGUGAAGAGGAACGUAAGCUGACAGUGAGUUAGUCCCUUUUUAACGGAGUGUUGCAAAUUUUUCAAGCUGCAGGACAAGUUGAAGGUCAGUCUCGGUGCUGUGUUGCCUUAGCCAUGGAAGGGACAGUGCAUCACCCCUCAUUUGUUUUAUUUGCGGUGAUGAUUAUCAACUCGACGUCCGGGCUGGAGGAAGGAAACGAAAAAAAUUCUCCGGAAGAGUCUCCACCCAGCGACAGCUUCCUGAUCCUGGGCAUGACCGUGACGAUAAUUGUGAUGGUGGUGGGCUCCUUGGGGAAUCUGCUCACCCUUUGCACCCUGGGUCAUCAGUUCUACAUGCCCCGAAAGGCCAGGUACAUCAAGGACCUGACGCCCGACACGGUGCUUAUCAUCAACCUGGCCCUCGCGGACCUCUUCUACAGCGCCAUCAGCCUCCCCUUCAUGUUCGCCACCUACUACCGCCUUAGCCAACACGAGGACCCGUGGGUAGAGCAUCCCACCGCCUGCCAGGUCUCUGCCUUCCUCCGCUACACCAACGCUAUCGCCGAAUGGACCACGCUGGGGCUCAUGGCGUCCGAGAGGUGCAUCACAAUCUACAACUUCCGCAACUGCCGUGUCCCGAGUCGCCUUUUCACCACUUACAAGACGAUCUGUUACUGCUGCGGCAUCUGGAUCGUCGCCAUCCUCUUCCAGCUGGCUACCUUGACUGGGAACUUCGGCUCGUUCGGCUACAACGAGCUGUUUGUCAAGUGUGACUUCGUGCAGGUCAAGGAGGGGUCCUCGGCUAGCAUCACGCCCCGCAUCGUGUUCUUCGCCCUGGAGAGCGCCGUGCCCUGCGUCCUCAUCCUCAUCGGCUACCUGGUCAUCCUCUUCCAGGUGUACUCCUCCUCCUCGACCCUCAGCUUCUUCGGGUCGCGCGACUGUCAGCGCAUGGUCGCCGUUCGUCGGUCUCGCACGACGCGGGUCAUCGUGAAGCUGCUCUCCGUGUACCUGGUGUGCGUGAUCCCCGUCUGUGUCUUCAACCUGUGUGAAGGGUCCAACCCAGGCAGGCACAAGGACAUAGGCAUCUUCCUCUACUGCAUCUACUGGCCGCAAUACUGCGUCAACAAUUUCAUCUACGUGGUGAGCAACGGACGUUACCGCUGCGCAUACUACCAGUUUCUGUGCUUGGUCACGUGCCGCCGCGUGUCCUUCCCUGCCACGCCCAGCCCGCACUGCCAGCCGCCACACCGCGGCCAGAUCUACAGCAUCCACAGCUCCAGCACCCUGCAGCAGCCCCUUGACUCACGAUUCAGGACACCGUCGGAAUGCGAGGAGGCGCGGUGUCGGGUAGACAGCUUCUUCUUCAGCAGCUUCUUGUCUGCUAGGAAUAGUGACGACAGCCUUAAAGAGGCCGUUCACCCCAAUCUCUGUGUCAGUGUCAGCCCCGACAGCUGCUUUUCGUCUCACUCUGCCAGCCUCAGCUCCACCUCCAGCCUACAGACGCUCGUCAAGACAAAACAGCGCCCCCGCCACCUCAGCCACUCCGUGAAGCGGGACCUGAAGGCGGCGGGGCACAAACUGAGGCGAACUUUUUCCUUUUAAGUGUUCCUCGGGGGUUCUAGAGUCCUCAGGGACCCACGCCUUUACAAAGUUAUGUCAUCUGUCAUCAUCAUCCUUCUCGUCGCGCCCGUCGUGGUUCACUCACUCAUUCAUAUUGAUUUUUAUUACCCUGUGACAUAUUAUCUUUGAUGUUGUGGCUUAGUAACAAGCAGGUCUUUGUUCUUCACAGUAACGGACCUUUCUCAGGCUGAAAGCACGAGGCUCCCUCUGUGUGACUCCCGAUGCUCUGCAAGUGUCGAGGUGAUUCGAGGUAGUGCACUGAAAGGCCUCGUCCCUGCAUGAAGGGGAGUUGUUCAAAUCGAUUGCAUCACUCAGGUAAACGAGAUUUAUAAGGUCGGCAGAAUGUUUUGUAAAGUUCAUUUAUAUUUUCUUUCGAAUAUUGUCAUCGUUUACAAACAUCAAACGUUCCUUAGUUGAAUGUAAAAUGGCCGGGAAUCUAGUAUUUGUGACAGUCAGUCACACAAUGGGACGACAACGAUAUGUUGUCUGCCUUCACGUGCAUUUCAUACUUCCUCCCCUCCUUCCCGCGGCCACCCACGCUCGUGGCUCAAAUGCUGGCGGGCUUCUGUGUUCCUGUGUAUUUAUGGCGAGCUAGAAGCAAAAGAACUAGAAAGAUUUUUGAAGUUUGUGGUUGGAGCAUCUCUUCUUACCUCUGCUCUCCUGUGCACACAAUGUCGUGCGCGGAUCAAGUGCGUGGAUCAAGUGCGUGCGUCGCGCGGUGGCAGAUCUGUGAAGGCGCUCACUUCUUUAAUAACGCUUGUGUCCACACACGUGUCCUGAUCAGGCUCGUCUGCACAGUUAGGCUUAGUGCUGCAUCCCAUCUAUAAAUACUGAUGCUAACUUCGCCUCCAGACAUCCUGAUGCCCAUUUGUGGGACGGAGGCUGUUCCUGAGACGGCCUAUAGCAGGUUGUUACUGCGUGGAGGCUGCUGAUUGGUUAGCCACGGUGACAGAUAAGUAAAAACUCAAGAGACAGAUGAGAACAGUGUCAGAUUGAAUUGUAGCCACAUUUUUUCUCAAUAGUCUCCUCUGUCAGGUUAUCUUUUCUUACCUUUAUGAAAACCGAUAAAAAGGAUGCGAACUGACAGCUUUAAUGACGCAUUACGCUGCCGACCUCAAAGGGCUGCGCCACUCGAUGGCGUAAACUACUUAAGUGGGUGACGGCUGUACUGAGUCUGCUCGGCCCUUGUUUUUUCUCCUCUCCUGUUCCUCCCCUACAUCAUCUCUCACAUUGCUCUUCCCCCUUCGUCUCUUCCUCUCUCUCAGUAUGUUCUUCUUGUCCCAUUCCCUUCCUCUCCCUAAGUUUAUGUUCCCGUAUCCAUUUGUAACAUGCCCCGCACUCUCCCUGACUCCAGUCCUUUGAAUCCGCUCCUCUUUUUCUGACUGUAUCACCUCCCAACUUUUCAUCCUCAUCCUUUUUACUUUCCCUCCUCAUCCUUUUUGCUUCUCCUCCUCAUCCUUUUCUCCUCAAAUACGUUAAUUUUCUUUCUCUCAUCUCUCUUCCGUCCGUUAGUAUUUCUGUUUACUUCUUGUCUCCUCUACACACAGUACACUCUCUUGUUCUCACCAGCAGCCUUUUGUCCCAUCCUAUCACCGGUUUAACGCCUCUCACACUGCGCCUCGAGUGGUGAUGAGCCCGACUUUUCAACGAUAUACCUCAAAUAGCAAUAGGAUUCUCGCAUCGCUCGCUCGUGUGGAUGCUUCAAUGCAAUAUAUUUUUCUCUUAUACAACCUGGCUUUGAUUUGUGAGGAGAGUCCACUUCCCGUAUAUAAAAGGUUCGUCGUUGUUGUUUACGUCGUGAAUUCUUUUUUUUUUUAAUGCUGUUAUCGCUGAUGUUAGUAUUACGGUAUUCAUGUGAGGCUCAGGACGGUGGAUUCUUUUCAGGCAUUCCCUUUGUUUGGUUAUUCAGCGUGUGGUGUGUUUGGGUGGAGGCCUUGUGGGUUGGCCUCCGUCUGGCGUCAAGGGAAAGAUGUCGUCCCUUUGUUUUACCAUAAGUUGCCGGGGAAUCACUCGACAGCUUUCAUUGUACUUAUCAUUUUCAUCAUCAUCAUCAUCAUCAUCAACCAUCACCAUUACCGCCACCGUCAUGUGUGUUGAUUCAUGUACCCGCCAAUCAAAUGAAGGUAUAUUGCAUUACUCAUGGUUUAGGCCUACUGGUUAACACGUCUAUCUACCAAGCCGCUGACCCAGGUUCGCUUCCUGCUCGGGUAAAUGGCGCCCAGCUCGCCGAGUUGUUUAUUCUUUCUUUCGGGCGGGGCUCUAAAUGGGUGCCUUAGAAAAUUUGAGUCAUCUGUGGUAACCCGGAUUCUCCCAUGCACUUGUCAUGUGUCCGGGGGUAAUGAGUUCUUCCCGCCACAGGCUCAAGGGCCGAUGCGACGGAGAUACAGUAAGAACCGAAACCACGUGCAGCUUAGCGUGCCCCAACUUUACUUUACCUGUAGUGGACUGACAGGUCGACAGCGCACUCCCUCACGCCACCCCUCCUUCCUACCUCCAGCCCUCAACGCAUCCACAUAACCUAUAUUAAGAAAAUCUUGUAUUUAUUCUUAAUUUAUGUGUAAAUAUAGGUCAGAACGGUGAUAUGCAUUCCAACCCGACUCGACUGUCAACUAACUUUAUCUCGUGCCAGCAGACCAGGUUUUGGGACUUGUUUAGCAUACUGCAAUCUGGUUUUCCAUUUACUGCAACUAUUUUCCCAUUUGUUCUUCUGAUCUUCACGCUCACCCCCAGCUCUUUCCCUUCUUCCACCUCCUUCAUGUUUCUGUCACCUCCUCUCACUCUCACUUCCUUUUUCAAUCUGUUACUUUCCCUAUUUCGACCUCCUUCACGUUCUUGUCACCUCCCCUCACUCUCACUUCCUUUUUCAAUCUGUUACUUUCCCUAUUUCGACCUCCUUCACGUUCUUGUCACCUCCCC